CGUGUAGCAUCAGCACUCCCCUCUCUCAUCAGUCCACUCCUCUGCUCCCUUUUCUCUCCCUUCAACCGCUCUCCUGUUCCCCUCAUUCAUUUCCUGUACGGCCUCUCCCUCCAAAACCCUAACUCUCUCUCUCUCUAACUUCAAUUUCCACUUUCCCAAACCCCGCCGACAAUGCCGGCGAAACGUUCCCGAAUCGGCCGCUCCUCGAGCUUGGGAGACACCGGAGUGCUCCCGCCGCCGCCCGAAUCGGCCGACGGCGGCUGGAUGGACCGCCGCGCCGCCGCUUCGAGAAAACGGCAGAGUAACGCUUCUUCCAGGGCUUCGGAGAAGUCCGUGGAGGUAUCAUCGCCACCGAGGAUCCUGACGCUGUCGUCUCCGGUCAAGGAGAGCGUCGGUUCGAGAGGGAAAGAGCUGGUCGGGGACUUUCUCGGCAGGUGUUACCGUUGCAAGAAGCAGAUCAAUGAGAAUGCCGAGGUCUUCAUGUAUAGCUACUUGCGUGCAUUUUGCACUGUAGAGUGCCGGGAUAUGCAGAUUGCCAUUGACAAUGAGAUGGAGAAAGCAUCUGGCUCAUUUCAAGGGAUGCAACUUAGUCCCACCCAGUGAAGAAUGUGGUGGACCAGCUUGGUUUUUAACUGGAGAAGGACAACCUGUCAUACUUUAGCUAGGUUUUGUACUAACUGUGGCAGUGCAUAGCUGUGAGGUUUUUGUGAUUGGCUUGCACUUACGCGCACAAUGGGUGUUUUUUCACUGUGGGUUUGUACAGUUCUACUGGUUCCUCGAAAAGGAAUCUCUAUGUUGAGCAUGCCAACUCUCAUAUGUGUUUAUGAUGUAAGAUUAGAUUACUACAUAUAAGAAAGUCAUAUGGUUUUGUUAUCAUUAUGACUCAUUGAUGUGGCUCAUAUCUACAUGACAUGGUUGAAAUGUUUCUGCGUGCUGAAGUAUGUUGUCGCU